UCUUUCAACACAACACGUAACCACUGUCAAGGCUCCAAUCUUACGCACGAGUUCAUGUUUAUCGGCCCAAUAAACAUCCCUCAAUACUAGCUCCGCUUAGGGAAAAAAAAUCUCUAUAGGCAUUGUUAGCUCAAAGAUGCAGCAAUUGAUCAUCUCUUCCUUUUGCGUAUUAUUGUUAUUGGCCUUCAUCGAAGGGGUCGGGGGAAGCCAAUAUGCGUGCACAGAGUCCAAGUGCGGCGAUGAUCAUGGCCUGGCUAUCCAUUUCCCCUUCCGCCGCGGGCAUCAUUCCGGGGAUAAUAAGAUUGAAAGCAAUGGCGGAUAUGAGGCGGUUCCUGACCACCCAAUGGUACUAGUAAAAUUCCUUGUCAAACACAUAGAUUACAAGCAUCAGGAAAUCCAAGUAUAUCACCCAGAUAACUGCCUGCUGUUGAAGCCUUUGGAAAUCACCAACACGGUAAUCUCUCCCUUCUACUUCCGAGGUAGCUUACGUAAUGUUACCUUAUUCCGUUGCCCUACUCUUGUUGAAAGAGAUAUAUAUGCCUAUCAAGUCCCCUGCCUUGGUGGCCAUGGAUACAGAGUUUAUGGCGUCUCUUCUUUCUUUAGAUUAUUUGAAAAAUUCACAGCCCUACAGUCUUGUACAAGGAUGUAUGAUGUUUUAUCAGUUCCAUUUGGCGAUUGGGUGGAAAAUGGCAAUUUUCUUCAAUUCAAAUGGUCCCAACCGAAUUGUACAGACUGUGAAGCAGAGGGCAAGAGGUGUAGAUUGAAGAUCAAUGGCACCAAGAGCGAAAUUGAAUGUGUUCACCAUAGGAAACCAAGCAAAACAAAGACGUUUGUGGCCACAGGAGCAACCCUGGGUUCAUUUGUUCUGUUACUAGGGUUCUUUGUAGCGUAUCGCGUCUAUAGUGCUGAUCAAAAGGAAAAAGAGAAUCGAUUAAAACUUGAAACAUUUUUAGCAGACUACAAAGCUCUCAAGCCAAGCAGAUAUUCAUAUGCAGAUAUUAAAAGGAUUACAAAUCAAUUCAAGUGCAAAUUAGGCGAAGGAGCCUACGGAACUGUUUUUAAAGGAAAACUUUCUUCUGAAUGCUUUGUUGCUGUGAAGGUACUUAACAAUUCUAAGGCCGAUGGGAAAGAGUUUGUAAAUGAAGUGGGAGCAAUGGGUCAUAUUCACCACGUCAAUGUGGUUCGCUUGGUUGGUUUUUGUGCGGAUGGAUUUAGACGAGCUCUGGUUUAUGAGUUCUUUCCCAAUGGUUCGCUCCAGGAUUAUAUUUCAUCAGUAGAUAGAAAGAACUCUUUCCUUGGUUGGGACAAGUUGCAAGACAUUGCUAUCGGCAUAGCCAAAGGAAUGGAAUAUCUUCAUCUGGGAUGCGAUCUACGAAUCCUCCAUUUCGAUAUCAAACCCCACAAUAUUUUGCUAGACCAAAACUUCACACCAAAAAUCUCUGAUUUUGGUCUGGCCAAAUUAUGUUCCAAGGAUCAAAGCAUAGUGUCAAUGACUACAGCGAGAGGGACCAUGGGCUACAUUGCACCCGAAGUGUUUUCCAGGAAUUUUGGAAAUGUGUCUUACAAGGCAGAUGUUUAUAGUUUUGGAAUGCUGCUGCUUGAGAUGAUAGGAGGAAAGAAGAAUAUUGGUUCAACCACAGAGGACACGACCAAUGCAAUUUACUAUCCAGAAUGGAUUUAUAACCUUCUAGAGGAAGGAGAUGACCUACGAAUCCAUAUCGAGGAAGAAGGGGAUGGUAAGAUUCCAAAGCAACUUGCAAUUGUAGGGCUCUGGUGCAUCCAGUGGCACCCAGUGGAUCGUCCUUCCAUGAAAACGGUUGUUCAGAUGCUAGAACGAGGAGAAAACUUGACGAUGCCUCCUAAUCCUUUUGUUUCUGCAGGUCCUACACAAACAUCACAGGCAGGCAUCCCCAAAAGGCGCCGCCUAGAGUUGGAAGCAAUUGUUGAAUUAGAGUAACAUGUAGAUGUAUACCACCAACCAGUAGUUCAUAGAUGAAUUCAAGCACAAACAUUUGUUAGUGUAUAAGCCAUGAGCUGAUUACAUUAGUAAUAAUGUCUUGUAUUUAAUUAUUAUAACAUUA